AUGAAAUUCUCCAUUGCGGCUCUCGCAGCAAUUGCGCCUAUGGUCUCAGCCCAUUAUUUCUUCGACUCCCUCGUUAUUGACGGCAAGGAAUCCACCGAGUAUGUCCGGUCCAAUACCCGACCCGAGAAGUACAACCCAACCAAGUGGAUCAACACCCGCGACGAUAUGACCCCUGAUAUGCCUGACUUCCGCUGCAAUAAGGGCGCCUUCACCUUCGCUGGUCAAACCAGUACUGCUGAGGUUAAGGCCGGAUCCAAGGUUGCCAUGAAGCUUGGCGUUGCUGCUACAAUGAAGCACCCUGGUCCUGCCCUCGUGUAUAUGUCUAAGGCUCCUACCACUGCCAAGGAAUACGAGGGCGAUGGCGAGUGGUUCAAGAUCUACCAAGAGAGUGUCUGCGACAAGAACAAGGACUUUACCAAGGAAGCCUGGUGUACUUGGGACAAGGAUCGUAUUGAGUUCACCAUUCCUCCGAAUUUGCCUGAUGGAGAGUAUCUGAUUCGGCCGGAGCACAUUGGUGUUCACGGUGCCGCGGGUGGCGAAGCCGAAUUUUACUACGGUUGUGCUCAAGUCAAAAUUGUCGGUGGUGGCAAUGGAACCCCCGGACCUACGGUCAAAUUCCCCGGUGCUUACAAGAAAGACGACCCUUCGUUUAACUUUAGCAUCUGGAAUGGCUACAAGGAGUACCCUAUGCCUGGCCCGGAAGUCUGGACUGGCGAGUCGGGCUCCGGCUCAACUUCCAAGGUAGCUACUAGCAACAGUUCGGCUGCUGCUACUACCUCCACUAAGCAAGCCGAGGACACCGACGCCUUCACUCGUUGCGCACGCUCGUGCUUCCAGUACCUCUAA